AUGACCUCCUCGUACAAACGAACGAUUCUGAUCACGGGCGCGACGGACGGAAUCGGCAAGCAGACGGCGUUGGACCUGGCCGCCCAUCCCGAUAAUUUUGUGAUCAUUCACGGAAGGACCGAGGAGAAGUGUGUUGUAAGUUGGCCCCCACAAAAGCUGAGUCAUGCCCAUGUUUGCCGGGUGCCCAGUGUCCAAAACAAGGAUGUUCUCUCAUGAAUAUUCAUGCGGUCCCUGGACUCACAACCCUCCAAUCCAAUGGAAUUUCAGGCGACCAAAAAGUGGAUCGGAAAGGAGAAUGGCAACAGUUCGAACAUUGACUUCGUCGCCGGAGAUUUUGCAGUUCUCAAAGAGGUAGGCACGGGUUUCUGGCCCCUCUAAUCGAGUCUUGGCAUUGUCGUAGUCUUGGACUUUUAUUCACUUGCAAUGAAUCGAUUCUACCCAAACUUCGCAGUCUUUUUGGACUUGGAUUGAAGUAUUUAGAGUCCAAGUUUCAAACCGAUCGGACCAUUCGAUCUGGAGAUAUACUGGUUUGAGGCCUUAAAAUCCUUGUUCUUGCAAAAGGCUUGACCUCUUUUGGACCUCAAAUCAGUUUAUCUUCGGACCAGAAAAUCCGACGAUCGGUCUGAAACUUGGACCCAAUGUACUUGAAUGGCAAGUGGGUCAACAGUCCAAGCAUAGGCAGGUCUUUCAAAAGCCUGGUCCGGUUUUUGCCCAGCUCUGAUAGUUCGUGAAAGUUUCAGCUCAUUUAGUUUAUCUGAAAUUAGUCAUGGUCCUGCGAGAAAUUACGCAAGUCGUGCAAAGUUAGGCCUAAUAAUUAACAAUUCGUUCUCCCGGUACCUGCCCCUUUUCGAGCAAAACCGCUUCUGAGAAUGAAGAAAUGUUUUCUGGGCUCGUCGAUUCAUCAUAAGAUGGCGUGGGUGCCUCGCGAGGAAAAAAACUUGAAAGGCGAAGAAAAACAUGUUUUGACGGAGAACGAAUCAAAUGUGCGUGUGUGUUGAAGGUCGCCGUUAUGGCCGAAGAAGUGGAGCGUCGGUUUCCGGAUCUCAACGUCCUUUUGUGCAACGCCGGAGUACUGUACGCGCGGCGAAUGGAGACGAAGGACGGAAUGGAGUCCACUUUCCAGGUACCUCUGAACUGACGGCCAUUUGCUUCCGAGUCCAGAGAGUUUCAGGUCAACUACCUCGCCCACUACCUUUUGUGCAAUUUGCUGCUGCCGGUGCUCAGCCACAAUCGAUCAAAUGUAAUCGUUGUGGGCAGUGUCCUGCACACUUGGUAAGUUUUGAGCUGCGGAUCUGGUCAAAGAUUUCCGGAUGAUGAGAGUGCUUUUUGGAGCGAGUUCUUUCUGUUUGAGCUCGGGGAGAGCGAGGGUGUCCCCGGGGAAAUAUUCGGGAUGCAAUUUUGAGAAUUGACCCGUCUUCUCCUUUCCGCAAGGAGAGAGCUGCUUCAAUCUCUAGAUGGAUGGAUCCACGUGGCAUUCAAUCUUUCGAUCUUUAGAUCUUCUAAUCUAAGAGCUUAAUAACGAACAUGAAAGAAACAAACAUUUCGUCCCCCCCUCCUUAAACACAAAUGUGUUAUUGUCGACUCGCUUUUCUUUCCUUCCUCAUGUUUUUCUUUCUUUUUUGUUUCCAGAAUUUCAGAAAGGGGCAAUUAGGCGGGUGGCAGUUGCAUGUCACGGACUUUUUCGACAAAAACAUGAGAUAGCGGGUCGAAGAGCAAUAGUUUGAUCGGCAACAAAAAGGCAAUUUCCUCGGGGGGCCUUACCAUUUCAUUCAAUUUCCCGCCGCCGCUAAACAACAAUCUGUAAAUGCAGCAUUUUUAAUUAAAUUUUCGUUCUAUUCCAGGCCGUCGCUCGACUGGGCGGACGUGAUGGCCGAGAAGGAGUACGAGAAGUACCUACAGUACUCGCGCAGCAAAUUAAUGUGUCAUCUGAUGGCAUUCGCGUUGCACAGAAGGUGAAAGAACGGGAAAGGAGUGAAAUUGAGACGGAUCGAAUUGCAGAAUGAAUAUCGCCCGGCAGCAUGUCAACGUGAACAUUAUCGAGUUGGGAAAGGAGAAGGAGCCGAACAACAACGGAAAAUUGUAGGGCAACACUUUUAGGCUUUUGCUGUUCUCACGCGGUGUCAAGCUACGUUGCGGAAAAGGUUGGCGAAGUGCCAACCUAACGAAAAACGUUUAGAGUCGCUACAUAACCUACUUAUCUAACGCGUUGGCGGUAGUUCAACUUUUACUCGCCGUCGUCGCACUUCUAGUGGAUUGCGGUUGAGCGUAACUUUUCGAAAAAGUUGACAAUAUUCACUGAACAGUUCCGUUUGAGAAUGUCCCCAAAAUGAGCUAAUUCCAGACGGACGACAUCGGCGCUCUCCUCGUCAAUGUCCACACUUUCCAUAUGUCGUCAGGCCGGAAACCUCGCCCAACUCAUCGAGGGACCGUGUUUGGAGAAGAUCUCCGGCAAGUAUUUGGAUCCGAACGGAAAACAGAUGAGGUAGGUUCUGCCGUCACUUUUCAAAUUAGCCAAACUAUUCGCUUUUCGAAUGCUUGUGUGAACGUGUUCAUUUCUGUCUGUAACAGAACGGUACUCCGUGUAUAUCUCAGGUGUCGGUGAAGAUAUCGAAAAGUUGACAACGAAUGAAUUGCUUAUUGAAAUAUUGUGCAUAGUUUAUCAGUUGACCACGUUUUGAUAGCUUCUCACUCAGCUGAGAUAUAUCGUUUUGAACGGAUUCAAAUAUAUAUGCACUCCGAUUCAGAUCUGGCUCCGACGCGACGGACGAACGUCUCCAGGAACGUCUGUGGAGCUACUCGAAGGAUCUGUGCCACGACUACAUGUAG